UUCCUACCAAAGAGUUAGAGAAGACAACGUUGCCCGUUCAAGAUUCACUAACGAUCCAAUACGAACCCCUGAAUCACUCGUCAAUCGUGCUCGGCAUUUCGUUUUCAAGAUCCGGCGCCGGUUGGGUUGGAUCUGAAUCGAGAUACCCAAGUAACGAUUGACGAGUCCUUUCAUGGGUCGGUGUUCUUCAAGAUUCAAAUCCAUUCUUUCUUUGCCUCGGCCUCGGAUUGCAGGUGCAUUGCCUUGUCUGUGUUGCAUAAAGUAAACAUUGAAACGAAAGGGGAAAAAGAUUGGAUGCGCGAUGUAUUGAUUUACCAUGAAGGCCAUUCAGGCAUUUGUCUGCAUUUUGAUGCAGUUGAAAAUCAUAUAAUUGGAAAAGAUGCAACUUCAAGAGUAGGAAGAAUCGUGACAGGCGUGAGACUUUAUAGUUUUAGCUCGCAUUUGAUGUUUUUUUGCCCUGAGUGCAGAAUUCGUUUGGACUAAUGAGGGAAUCACUUCCCCAAGUGCUGCAACUGGCCAGCCUUUGUAAUUUACCUCGGAAGAUGGCUUACUGGGAAAUGGUUAGCAUGACAAUAAUGUUGGUAAUGAAUAUAUUUCAUCACAUAGCAACACUUUUCUAAACACCCAAACCGUUGGAAGUUUGAACUGAAGCUGAUUGGUUUAAAUGGUGCUUAUGUGUUGAUUUGUAGGAGCGCUCCAUCAAGGUCAUAUAUAUCUUCAUCAUGAAACUAAGUGUGCUCCUUUUUUGUUUGGUCGGGAGCACACUUAGUUUCGGGAUUAAGAUAUAUAUGACCUUGACGUAGUGCUCCUAUUAUGCAGUUAAAUAUUCGAAAGAAUAAGAACUGAGCAUAAAUAACUAGCACUUUUGAUUACUUCAGUCCUCCUAAAAAUUUUACUAGAACUCCUAAUAGAUAAAUACCAUCGCCAAUGGAAGUUUAACAGGAAGUAAUGCAAGAGGGAGCUGAAGACCUUGCUUUUAGCUAUGGACCUUGAGGGAAUGACUUUUGACUAGUUAGUGUGAUGGUAGGGUCGGAAGAAGAAGUAAACUUUUCAAAGAAGUUUUGAAACUUGGAGAACAAGUCUGAAAUUUUCGGUGAGAACAGUUUUUUUCUCCUUUCUUUACCAUUUUAGUGGCAAUUCUUUAUGUCUUUACUAUAACUUUUUGUUUGUAUGCAAAUGCUUUUCUGAUGGACUUUUCAUUUGUUUGUUUUUUUCCUGAGCCAUGGACAUUUUAUUUGUUAAUAUGAGUCAAAACAAGUGGGAAAAAAUUAAGAUGUUUCUUUUCCCUCCUUCCCUUUACCACCUCAGUCCUUGUUGAUUUUGAGGGGACAUAAACAAUCAUGAAGAAUCUCACAUCGAGAUUGCUUUGGAUGAUUGACUACAUGGUUUGGAAAAUUGAAAAAUAGAAGUGUCUUUUGUAGAUUAUUCAGAAUUCACCAUUUAUUAAUGGGAUACUCCUAUGUAUUUGUAUGGGGUCUUUCUAUAGUCCUCCAACCAUGACUGAUUUUGCUUGGGAAGUUAGUACCUCGAUAAUCGAAGUUACUAACGCUAGUUAUUGCACAAAAUGAGGAAAUUGCCAUGAUAUUGAGAAGGUUAUUAUCAUGGAUUACUGUUUUGUAUCAUUUUGCACGGCACUAUAGACAUACCCAUUGGUAUGACUCAAGAGGAAAAAGCAGCUAUCCAUUGAUAUGCACAGUCACAGGACAGAGGUUAAGAUGUGGGAUCCACCAAACAGUCAAACAACUUCCUAGCCAAGCUCACAGCAUCUCUAUUAUAAAUAAGAAUGGAUAGAACUCCGGUAUGAAGCAAUCCAAAGCAAGCCAAAGCAAGUCAGUAUUGCUCUCUUCAAAUUUCCUUCUCUUUCCCUUGUAGUUAGUAUUUUUGUUCUUUUUUUUCUUUGAGAUGGAAAGUGUAGAAAUUUCAUUAGUCAAUAUGCCGGUGGGAUUCCGAUUCAGACCAACAGAUGAGGAACUCGUCAAUCAAUACUUGAAGUUGAAGAAACUUGGCAACAAAACGGUUGAACAGAUAAUACCCGAGGUUGAUGUCCAUCAAUUGCCACCUUGGGAUUUACCUGGCAAGAUAAAUGAAUUAUCAAGGAUAAAGUCAGAUGGUGAUGAAUGGUUCUUCUUCUGCCGUCUGCAAAAUAAGUACCCUCAAAGUAAACGGGCGAGAAGGACAAAUGAUUAUGGCUCUUGGAAGCCAACUGGCAAAACUCACAAAAUCAGGACACAAGACAAAAAGAUUAUAUUAGGCUUGAAGAAAAUUUUGGUUUUCAAAAUACGUCAAAGUCCCAAAAAUGCCCAUACCAAAUGGGUACUGCAUGAAUACUACUUAAAUGCUGAUGUUACAGACAACGUCCUCAAUGACCAGAGUGACUUCGUUCUUUACCGCUUGAAGAAAAACCCUGAUAAGACGGGUAAGAAAAAUUCAAAGACUCAGAAGACCAACACAGGUAUCUCUAUUAUGCCUCAAGAAGGCAGCAGAAGUAGCCCUAACACGCUUGAUGAAGUCAACAACACAAGUAUCUCUAUUAUGCCUCAAGAAGGCAGCAGAAGUAGCUGUAACACCCCCGAUGAAGUCAACAACACAAGUUGCUCCAAUGCAUUAGCAACUGCCAAAAGCAUCGUAUCCGAAGAGAUUCCGAAGGAAUCUUUAAAAGAAAAUUUACAGCAACCACCGACGCCAAUUCUCUCACCAGAAUGCAACUCAUCACAAUGUGAUUUCUCUGCAACUCCACUGCCACCCACAGCAACUGGAGAGCAAUUUACUCAUGAUUCGGUGUAUCAGGAUUUGGAGUCUUAUUUUGCUGAAACUGAAGAAGUCCAAGAGUUAUUGGAUAUGUUAAACUCGUAAGCUGGUUCUAGUAUAAACACUCUUCUGAAGAAAGCAUUAUAUAAACUUUUUGUGGCUGGGUAAUUUGUGUACAUCCACUGGCCUGGAAGCUCACUCUUUUUUUUUUUUGGUCGAAGGAAGCACACUCUUUAAGUGCUGAUAGAGUAUGCCCAUGUUGUGUCGCAGGAAAAGAUUUUCCUUGUGGAAAACAAUGUACAUGGAUCAAAUGCAUUCGUUGAUCCAUGUACAUUAUUUGCUUAAUGAGUUUUUAUUCCAAGCUGCUUAA